AUGGAAAAAAUUACUGAUGCUUGCAAAGCUGGUGCUGAAAAAGUAAAAGAAAUGGUUUCAGGUACAAGUAAAGAAGCUAAUAAGGAAAUUGCCAAGGAUUCAAAUGAAAGCAUUGGCACUCGAGCUGGAGCAGCUAUUGAUGCUGCAGGCGAUAAAAUGGAUGAAACAAAACAUGCAGCUCAAAAAGAAAUACACAAACAACAAGCAACGCAUUAG